AUGGAAACGCUCCUCGGUGCGCUCACUGGCACACCUCCCUCUCCUCCUCCUCCUCCUCAUCUUCUUCUUCUUCUUAAUUGCGCAUCGGCACUCCGGCAGCAGCACAGUGGGAGUCACGAGCAAGAACGUUUGAACUGUAUGUAGAGAGUACAAAGUGAGGAUGAUGAUGAUGAUGAUGAUGAUGAUGAUGGUGGAGCAAGAAAUGAUGGAUUGAACUUUGACAAUGCUGAGGAGGGAUUUGGAUUCAGCUCUCGGUUUGUGGAGUAAGUUGCAGGAGAUCUGAGCUGCUCUGACGCGGAGUGAUGAGACCAGGAGUCGCGUUGUGCUUCUCAGAGGUGAUGCUUUGAUGCUUUGAUGCUUUUAGUGUGAAGCUGCUCCCGAACCCGAACCCAGACAGGACUCCGCUUCCCGCUUCUGACAGGCUGCUGAGAAUGACCAAAGACAUGCACAUAACGAUGUAAUAAACAGAUCUCCUGCACACACACAUCUGCCAGUGAAUGGAAACAAACUGCACUGACUGGCAUCCAAGUGCGUCAGACCUGCCCGAGCCGCCGUUACGCAUGGAGGCAGCGCGGGACUGAGAGGAGUUUCUACCUGUUCACAUUUCCUUUUAUGAUUUGAACUCGGACAAAAGAGGAAAAAACUUAUUCUUCUCCUCCUCGAACAGAAAAUGAGUAGCUGUCUCUUCCGACUGGCACUCCUCGUGGCUUGCGUCCUCUCCAUCCGCUGCACCGCUGCGUCCGGGACCGAGGCGGAGGCGCACACGGCGCCCCGGGAUACCUGCGCGUCCUGCGGCAUCGCUCAGCCGGAGGACCCCGAGUCGGGCCGGCUGAACGUGGACUUCCUGGAGGCGGUAAAGAGGCACAUCCUGAGCAGGCUACAGAUGCGGGAGAGGCCCAACAUCACGCACCCGGUCCCGAAGGCGGCCAUGGUGACGGCGCUGCGGAAGCUCCACGCCGGGAAGCUGCGGGAGGACGGGAGGGUGGAGAUCCCCAACCUGGACGGACACCCGAUGAGCAACGAGGUGCUGGAGGAGAGCUCGGAGAUCAUCAGCUUCGCAGAGAAAGAUGACAUCGUCACGUCCAAGUCCAGCCUGUUCUUCCUGAUCUCCAGUGAGGGGAACCAGAACCUGUACGUGACGCAGGCCACCCUGUGGCUCUACUUCAAGCUGCUGCCGUCUCCUGUGGAGGUGCGUCCGCGGCGGAAGGUGACGGUGAAGGUUUAUUACCAGGAGCCGGGACUCGGCAGCAAGUGGAACCUGGUGGAGAAGCGGGUGGAGCUGAAGCGCAGCGGCUGGCACACCUUCAUGCUGACGGAUGCCGUGCGGUUGGUGUUCGAGAAGGGCGACCGGCGGCAGAACCUGGACGUGCGCUGCGAAGGCUGCGAGGCGGCCGGCGUCACGCCCGUCCUGCUCAACCACAAUGACGAGUCUCACCGGCCCUUCCUGGUGGUGCAGGCGCGGCAAGCUGACAACAAACACCGCAUCCGCAAGAGGGGGCUGGAGUGCGACGGCAGCAGCAACCUGUGCUGCCGCCAGCAGUUCUACAUCGACUUCCGGCUCAUCGGCUGGAACGACUGGAUCAUUGCGCCGUCGGGCUACUUUGGGAACUACUGCGAGGGGAACUGUCCGGCCUACAUGGCGGGCGUCCCCGGUUCGGCCUCGUCCUUUCACACGGCGGUGGUGAACCAGUACCGCAUGCGGGGGAUGAGUCCGGGCUCCAUGAACUCCUGCUGCAUUCCCACCAAGCUCAGCACCAUGUCCAUGCUCUACUUCGACGAUGAGUACAACAUCGUGAAGCGGGACGUUCCCAACAUGAUCGUGGAGGAGUGUGGCUGCGCUUGAGUCUCUUAUUCCUGUUUAUUUAAGGUGGAACUGAAGAACUUAACUUUCAACAGAUUCACAAUAUUACAACAAAAAUGAAUAUAGAAACAGAAUAUUUAUGGACGAUGGAGAAAAAAAAACAUGUGCACACACAACCUCAUCCACACAUAUCUACACACCCUCAUGUAUGCCUGCACAAAAGCCUGUAUAUAUAUUUAUGUUUGUUGAUAUAUUUUGUUAUAUUCUCUGUUGGAAGACCUUCAAAGGGACGUUUGCUUCCAAAUCUUUAAAUAUCCACUUUGGAAAUCAAUCAGUAUCUGAGGUUCUUCAUUAAACUCUGGAAGUUAGUGAGGAUCUGGUUUGACAAAGACUCACGGGACCUACGAGCCUUCACAACGCAGCAUCAGUCACGUCGUUACAGUAGGUGCUGCUUGUUGAGACGUGGGCAUCUUCAUGUGUAGAAUAUAAAUCCAACCUUGAAGGUGAAAGGAAACACGUCUCCAGAGGAGGUGGAGGAACCUUAGGAGACUCUCCGCCACGCCUCCUCAAAGAACAGUGUGUUCAAACACUGACCAUGUCUUCACGCCUGUCCAGCUUCACCAACGUACAGCACUUCUGGACCGGAGUCACAUUCACACAGACGUGAACAUUUGGACACAUUCAAGAAAGGGACGGAAACAUAACGGACACACUGACGCUGUCACCAAGCCGUGAACGACUCCUCCGAACUGAAGGCAGAGUCGCCGGUGUGAGGCGUCGGCUCUGAAGGGCAAAGAAACGAGAACUGUCGGGAGGUCGCGUCAUUCUCACCCUUUCAUGUCUCUGGAUUAUUCUCCUCAUGCUCUUCAUAGUUGGGGUUGUUGAGGGAACACUGUAGCACGGCUCUGGCAGAUACUGCUGUUUUAACUUUUACCAGCUCGGGUUUCCUUCACCUGAACUCUGACUGAUCUCUGCAGAGCUGCUCAAGGUCGUGAGGAGGAAGGGAAGUCCAGAUAAACUAGUUUCAUCAGUGACUCGUUUGUGGAUUCUUAGUUCCUUUCCUAAAAUUAUUUAAGUCUUUCCUGUGAACCCCCCCCCUUCAAAUUACAACAUUUGGUAUCAAAUGAAACCAUCACUGAACAAACUUUAGCUUUUCAUUCUUAAACAGUGACUUAUAUUUAACAAAGGGAAAGGCGAACCUCUUUGGUCUUGGUGUCUUUAAAAAGAAUCAUUUUGUUUUCCAUCUUCCACUCACAGUAUGGGUUGAACAAAUACUCUUUUAUAGUGUGUGACCAGCACAUGAAGGUGGUGGAAUGAAUCAGGAGUGACCUCACGUCUUUGUUAACGUUUGGACGGACGAAACCUUCCCUCAGCUUCUGCUGGAAGAGGAAGGUUCGAUUCCCUCCAGUCGCUCAAAUCAAUAAAUACUGAACGCGUCUCUCACUUCAGUCGGAGAAAGUGACAAGUUGCCAUAUUGCUCAGUUUAGUGACGGUGCAGCUUCGCACUUCCCGACGCACACUUCGAUAGCACUUGCAGAUUGAAAUGCCUUUAACGAGCCCUACGUGGCGCAACGUCGCCCACAGCCCUUCUAAAAGAAAUAAGUGCCGCAUGAGCUAUGCAAUGUAUAGUACUUACCCAUACACACACAAGCUGAACUUAAGCUCUAGUGACAAACUAUCACCAAUACUUGAAACGUAAGUGUGGCAAGCAGGGGCAGGUCGGGGUUCAGCUGGAGGCAGGUGGAGGCAGGAGGAGGCAGGUGGAGGCAGGAGGAGGCAGGUGGAGGCAGGUGGAGGCAGGUGGAGGCAGGAGGAGGCGGAGUCUUGUUCUGCGACACAGACUAUGAUCUUGAUCUGGCGCCACUCAAAAUAAAUGAAAGUUUGUCAUUUAACAGCCUUUAAAACUGCUCCAACCACGACUGAUGAAAGUCCCCGGCCUCCUGAACAUGACGUAGAUAUUGUGCUUUGACCAAUACGUUCUGUAACUGCUGCUGUUGUUUCCUGCUGCGUUGGUGGACUGAAGCGAGGUGGUCGGGGAGGACGGUGGGCGUUGUCCAUCCGGCCUGUGGUGAGGUUUACUCCACAGAAACACUUUAGGGAAAAACUGUUUUGGUUAAAUGGUGAAAAAGGAAACUUGGCCUUUCUGUCGACUCCUUCAAUAUUUAACUGAGAGGAAAACUGACAUUUCACUUGGUUCAAAAUCUAUUUGCUGUUGAAAAUUCGUAACGUGUAAACCUUUAGCAGACAGGGUUGGAAUAAAUAUUUACUUUUACUUUUACAAGUGGAUUCUUAUUCAACUCUCUAUUAUUACAAACCACUUGUCCAAUGAGUCAUGAGAGAAAUUUAAGCGGCCUCCAGAUGAUCAUGAGCGGAAAGAGGGAAAAACAUGUUGGUGCCGGAUGGAUGGAAGGGUUUAUCACGUUGGUCUCAGAUAUACUUCAGUUUUUUCUGUCUAACUUUUACUUCCAUUAUGUCAUCAUUAAAUGAAACGUGUGAAAUAUAAAAAGAGGCUAACUGGGGCUAAGUUUGACCCAAAUGUGAUGCAUGAAUAGUGAUUUUGGAGUCUAAAUGAAUGUGUCCCAGUUGGGUUCCCAUCACGGCCUGUUUGGCACCGUAACACACUUUGAGACACAGUUUCGGGCCUCAGUCACUUUGACAUCACUUUGAGAUUUUCAGGUUAAACGUUUCAGCGACCUGUUAUUUCACUGCUCUAUUAUAUUGUGCUCUCAUUCACAGGCUUCAUACAUGUGAGAGAAAUACCUGCUCAUUAUCUCACCUGUUCCCGCCUCCAGGCCCACGCUCGACCUCCACCUCGCUUGCCACUGAAAUCUUUCGCUUAUUCUUCAAAGCGAACGGUUGUUAGAAUAUUUGCACUGAGGACUUGCGUGACUAGUAAUAAGAAAAAUAAAAUAAAUAGAAACUGCCAUUGAAUAAAAAAAGUUAUUUUUAUAGAAGCAAAAUUGAGCUCUGUUCAAAUGUAUUAUACCUAAUCAUGGAACCAAAGAGGCCAAGAGGUUUAGCUAUUGAAAGAUGGCAACGCCGUCAUGAUCUGUUGUUGUAAAUGACAGUUAAAGAGGCCUAAACACUGUAUCAGGGUAUAAUAUCAGUCCAUAAUCAGCUUAAUCUCUUUUCUAUUUUGUACCUAGACAUGGAAUAUUUCAUAUUUUUUCAUCAAAUUACUUAAAUAUUCCUAGCUUUCUUUCUUCGUUUUGUUAGCGCUUGUUCCAGAAUCAUUUAGAGUAAAGCACACGCCAUCUGAUCCCUGUACAGUCGCUGUAACAUAUGAAUAUGCUUUUGAAAUAUUUUGUUCUUUGUUAUUGUUGAAAAAUAAAUUUCUUAUUACCAAAUGUA